UUGACCGGUAAGGUGACUAAAAUUGUUUUUUUUUAUUUUUUUUUUUCAAAAACCUAUGGAAGAAAAGAAAAUUGAGCAGGAUGAGCUCGGUUAUCAGCUGUUCCCUGAGAGGGGCAACGGCGAUCGCAAAAAGCAAGGUCUGUUGUCAAAGAGCUUGUUUACCUUUAACCAUAAGUGCCAGGUGAUGCUGAAGAUUGCGCUGGACACAAGCCCAUAUGCCAAGUUGCUUUUAGAUGCCAUGAAACAUACAGGUUGUACAGUUUAUAAAGACAGACACUUCUCUUGUGAAGAAUGUGAUGGAUCAGUCAGUGGAGGAUUUGAUGCUGCAACGUCAGAGAUUGUAUUAUGUCAAAAUAACAUUCAUCAACAAUCCCAUAUGAACCGUGUAGUUACACAUGAAUUAAUUCAUGCAUUUGAUCAUUGUCGUGCACAUGUAGACUGGUUCAACAACGUGCGGCACUUAGCCUGUUCUGAGAUUAGAGCUGCUAAUUUGAGUGGUGAUUGUACACUUGCCAAUGAACUUACUCGGUUCAAAUUUGGUGUUAAAGAACAUCAUAAGGUUUGUGUCCGGGACAGAGCUCUUCGUUCUAUUUUAGCUGUAAGAAACGUCAGCCGAGAAACUGCUGAGAAGGCAGUAGAUGAAGUUUUUGAUUCAUGUUUCAAUGACCAUGAGCCAUUUGGGCGAAUCCCUCAUAGUAAAACUGAUGCAAAAUUUGCACACAGAGAUUUUCAAAAUCGGGACCGAUAUUAUGCAAACCUUUAAAAAUAAAUGUGAUUUCUGGAUGAUGUUGAUGUAAGUUUUAUGUAUUUUAUGUUGUAUGAGGAAUCAAUGAACUGAAUCAACUGCAACAGAAAUAUACAUUUUUAAAUAGGAGCAUGUAAUAAAAUAAGAAUAUUUUUCUACUCUCACAAAAUAAAAAAAAAAAGGCAAGCCUUCUAUAAACAAUAUAGUAGUCAAGGGAAACUUGAAUAUACUAUUCAUUUUAUGUAAAACUCCCGAAAGAAAAAAUGCUCUUUAAUAUGUAAAUAAUUGUGAAAUAAGAUUUUACAUUGAUUUGUGAUUUGAUACAUUUGAUUGUGUUUUUUCUAAUUUAUAUAUACAAAAAGUGCGUAGAAACAUUCAAAUGUAAGUGUAUUUGGAAGGGCAUAUUGUCUAAAGCAACUUUUUACAUGUUUUAAAAAGUUGCACUAUAAUAAAGCUGAGAUUUAGCA